AUAACUUCCGCCCUCUCCGCCAAUCACAACCUCCCGUUUCCCCCACGUGACUCCCGGUACGGCCGAACCCGGAAGCGCCGCCGCCGCCAUGGACCCCGCCGCUCCCCCCCCAAAGCGCCGCGGGCCCGCUCGCCUGGCCGAUCCGCGGCCUCUUUUCGAGGACACGAGCGCUACCGGCGCCUCACCGGGCCGCGGGUUCGGGGCUCCGCCGCCUUCGGCCUCCUCGGCCUCCUCCUCCUCCUCGGCCGCGGCCUCGGCGGCGUUCGGGCCGCCCGGGGCGUUCCUGGCCGAGCCCGUGACCUCGCUGGCCGCGGCCUACGGGAGCAGCCUGGCCUCGCACGUGGAGGGGAACCUGGGCCGCUGGGUGCCCGUGAGCCGCCUCAAGUAUUACUUUGCCGUGGACACCGUGUACGUGGGCAGGAAACUGAGGCUGCUCGUCUUCCCCUUCGGCCACCCGGACUGGCAGGUCCGGUACCAGCAGGACACCCCGGUCGCCCCCCGCUUCGAUGUCAACGCCCCCGACCUCUACAUCCCGGCCAUGGCCUUCCUCACCUACAUCCUCCUGGCCGGCCUCGCUUUGGGCACCCAAAACAGGUUUUCGCCGGACAGCCUGGGGCUGGUGGCCAGCUCGGCGCUGGCCUGGCUGCUGCUGGAGGUGCUGAGCGUCCUGCUGAGCCUCUACCUGGUCACCGUGAGCACCGACCUGACCCCCAUCGACCUCCUGGCCUUCGCCGGCUACAAAUACGUGGGGAUGAUCGUGGGGCUCGUGGCCGGGCUGCUCCUGGGCAGGGCCGGUUACUACGUGGCCUUGAGCUGGUGCUGUUUGAGCAUUUUUGUGUUCAUGAUCCGGACGCUGAGGCUGAAGCUGCUCUCGGAGGCGGCGGCCGAGGGCGUUUUGGGGCCGAUUUUGGGUGGUUUAAAUGGGAUUUUAAUGGGAAUUUUUUAGGAAUUUUGGGGUUUUUUUGGGGGAUUUUAGGAACCGAGGGGUCGAUCCCAAAAUCCCAAAUCCCAAAUUCUCCCCCAGAUCCGGACGCUGAGGCUGAAGCUGCUCUCGGAGGCGGCGGCCGAGGGCGUUUUGGGGUGGAUUUUGGGCGUUUUAAUGGGAUUUUAAUGGGAAUUUUUUUAGGAAUUUUGGGAUUUUUUUGGGGGAUUUUAGGAACCGAGGGGUCAAUCCCAAAAUCCCAAAUCCCAAAUUCUCCCCCAGAUCCGGACGCUGAGGCUGAAGCUGCUCUCGGAGGUGGCGACCGAGGGCGUUUUGGGGUGGAUUUUGGGCGUUUUAAUGGGAUUUUAAUGGGAAUUUUUUAGGAAUUUUGGGGUUUUUUUGGGGGAUUUAGGAACCGAGGGGUCAAUCCCAAAAUCCCAAAUCCCGAAUUUCCCCAGAUCCGGACGCUGAGGCUGAAGCUGCUCUCGGAGGCGGCGGCCGAGGGCGUUUUGGGGUGGAUUUUGGGGUUUUUAAUGGGAUUUUUGUGGGAAUUUUGGGGAUUUUAGGAACUGAGGGGUCGAUCCCAAAAUCCCAAAUCCCGAAUUUCCCCAGAUCCGGACGCUGAGGCUGAAGCUGCUCUCGGAGGCGGCGGCCGAGGGCGUUUUGGGGUGGAUUUUGGGCGUUUUAAAUGGGAUUUUAAUGGGAAUUUUUUAGGAAUUUUGGGGAUUUUAGGAACCGAGGGGUCGAUCCCAAAAUCCCAAAUCCCGAAUUUCCCCAGAUCCGGACGCUGAGGCUGAAGCUGCUCUCGGAGGCGGCGGCCGAGGGCGUUUUGGGGUGGAUUUUGGGGUUUUUAAUGGGAAUUUAAUGGGAAUUUUGUGGGAAUUUUGGGAUUUUUUUGGGAUCUAAGGAGCUGAGGAGCUGGAAAAGUCUCAAUCCCAAAAUCCCAAAUCCCGAAUUUCCCCAGAUCCGGACGCUGAGGCUGAAGCUGCUCUCGGAGGCGGCGGCCGAGGGCGUUUUGGGGUGGAUUUUGGGGUUUUUAAUGGGAUUUUUGUGGGAAUUUUGGGGAUUUUAGGAACUGAGGGGUCGAUCCCAAAAUCCCAAAUCCCGAAUUUCCCCAGAUCCGGACGCUGAGGCUGAAGCUGCUCUCGGAGGCGGCGGCCGAGGGCGUUUUGGGGUGGAUUUUGGGGUUUUUAAUGGGAUUUUUGUGGGAAUUUUGGGGAUUUUAGGAACUGAGGGGUCGAUCCCAAAAUCCCAAAUCCCGAAUUUCCCCAGAUCCGGACGCUGAGGCUGAAGCUGCUGUCGGAGGCGGCGGCCGAGGGCGUUUUGGGGUGGAUUUUGGGGUUUUUAAUGGGAAUUUUUUAGGAAUUUUGGGGUUUUUUUUGGGGGAUUUUAGGAACCGAGGGGUCGAUCCCAAAAUCCCAAAUCCCGAAUUUCCCCAGAUCCGGACGCUGAGGCUGAAGCUGCUGUCGGAGGCGGCAGCCGAGGGUGUUUUGGGGUGGAUUUUGGGUGGUUUAAAUGGGAUUUUAAUGGGAAUUUUUUAGGAAUUUUGGGGAUUUUAGGAACCGAGGGGUCGAUCCCAAAAUCCCAAAUCCCGAAUUUCCCCAGAUCCGGACGCUGAGGCUGAAGCUGCUCUCGGAGGCGGCGGCCGAGGGCGUUUUGGUGCGGGGGGCCAAGAACCAGCUGCGGAUGUACCUGACCAUGGCCAUCGCCGCCGCCCAGCCCCUCUUCAUGUACUGGCUCACCUUCCACCUGCUCCGCUGAGCCCCGGUCCCGCCCGGAAUUCCCAAAAAAAAUCCUGGAAAAAUUCCUGGAAUUUCAGAGUUUCACCCCAAAAAAUCCCCGUUAUUUUUAGUGGUUUCAAUAAAUGGAAUUUGAAGGA